AUGGGAUUUUUGUAUCAGGUGCUUAAGGAUGUCAGCGAGAAACAGCCUUACAGUGUGGGUAAAGAAACACUAAAAAAUCUCGUAAGUAACGUAAUUAACAAACAUUUUUGCUCAGGGCACGAGGGCUUUAAAACGCUUUUCACCGUGUUGCCUGAUCGCAUCGCGGCGUAUAACAGGGAAGUGCAGGAGGGGAAUGAGAAAGUGAAGAGGCCGAUUGAUAAGCUGAAAAAUGAGAUGAAAGAGCUGGAAAAACAGGUGAGUACAAUUUUAAAUGAUAAUUCUGCGCAGGCAACUGACUUCACUGGGGAGAAGGAGCGAGUGGGCGAGCAGCUGCAGAAGUGUAAGCAGUAUGCUAAGUAUUUUAACGACGUUUUCGACUUAGACAAUUUGUAUAAUAGUCAUAUGAAAACAUCAAUUAAUGAUCUUCAUUCUAAAUUGCGUGAUAGUGUUCUUGUAUGUACCAAGACAGUAAAACAUGAGAGUGAGAGGCUUGACAAGUUGUGGAAUAAAGAAUGGACGGACUUUAGAAGUAUGAAGCGAACGGUGAGACUGACCAUGGAGAAGCUUAAAACAAGCGUUAAUGAUGCGAUUAGAGAGAAAGUUGGCAAACUUGUCAACGAUUUGAGAGAUUUGGUUGCAGGUAUUAAACGUACGCUUGAUAAAAUAUAUUUCGAUUUAGGUAACUAUGUUGCAGAUUUGCGACAGUGGAUUAGUACUGCGGAGGGGACUAUGGGAACUGCUUUAGGGAAAGUUGGCGAAAUAGUGGAGACUGUGGGAACUGGUGGCCACAAGGCAAAAAAGCAGCCUGUUGUGGAAGCCGCUAAUGCAUUGAAAGUCAAAGCAGAUGAUCUUCGUAGCAGGGCGUACAAGGCUAAGGAGCAGGUUGAGACGUUAGUCGCGCAGGCGUUAGGGGCAGUGAAAACGAUGGAUGAUGCGCUGAGGAAGAAUUUGAAAGACGUGAGGGAUGGGAUUAAAGGAGAGUUGAAUAACUAUGUCAGGGGUGGUAUGGCGGAGCAGUUGCAAUUAAAUGUCGACGAGCUAGUUAAAUCCAUUUAUGAUAAGAAUGGAGAUAAGGGCCAUUUAUACGACGUGGAAAAAAAACUGAAAGAGUAUGCUCAGAAGUUCGGAGAGAAUGGAGAACAGGGAUUUAAGAAGAUCGUGAACGAUUGGAUUGAUGACAUCUUGAAGAAAGAUGGCGUGGUGAAUCAAAGGCUUAGUGAGUAUAUUACGAAAAACAAAUCUCAUAGUUAUUUUGUGACUAGUACAUACAAAGAGCCAACAUCCUUGCAUGGGGCAAUAACGGAGGCUAUUAUGCGAAAGCUAGAGCGGGAGGUUGAGGCAGCCGUUCAAGUGGUUGCAAGUGAUAUGCAAACUGACAACGGCAUUCAGAGGAACAUUGAAGCUGUCAAAAACUGUGUGUAUACAUUCAUAAUAGGGCUGGAUGGGAAGUUGAGAAUUGGCAAAUUAGAAGUUAACUUUGUCAAAAAAGUUGUCGAGGAGGUAGAAAAUACAUUAGCGAAAAAUACCUCAAAGUCAAGUGGACUAUAUUACAGCUUAAAUUUGCAGAUUGCUGUGGAAGCCAUUCUAGUUGCACUGUAUGCCGCAGCCAGACAAGUGUACGAAGAGCUUGAAUGGUUCACAUCCGACGAUCAUUCCGAUUACAAUUUCGGCGAAGGAGUGGAAAACGCUAUAAAAGACAUUCAGGCACUCGGCGGAAAAAUAAAAAGUGCGCUAAGCGACCCUGCGCUAUCUAGCGGUCCCAGUACUCUCGGAGACAAUGUUAUGGUAGAAAUCAAUCGAAAGCUAAAUGACAAGAUUGGGAAUGAUGAAAAAGGAUCACCUUCAAAUAGAGUAACACUUCCUACAGAUACGUUCAAUGGUUAUCUAAACAGCGUUAACACGACUGGCCUUAGGGGAUCAGAUGCGGCGCUACAAGGAAAUCCAGGAGAAGGGAAACUUCCAGUAGCCAUAAAGCAAAUUGAGCAAACGAUUAAUCAUAACGAAACAUAUUUACAACAUGUCGUGAAAGAUACCAGUAAUAGUGGCGAUGUCAAAUCCGAUCUUAAGUUUUACACCGACACCUUUGAAAAAUUGUUUGACACCGUGAAGCGCGCACUAAACGUCCUCUGCGAAGCCGUAGAGAAAAUCGCCGGGAAGGGAGAUGACGCAGAGGAUGGUACCCUUAAACACGUCCUAGAAACAUUUUGCGAUCAGGCCGUUAAAGGUAUUAAUGCUAAUCAACUAACGAAAAUAUUAAACGAUCUUACCCACCUUAUGGGCAGAGAUGUGGUAACUGUCAUCGAAGCCGCCAAUAGUUUCAUCACUAAGGAAGCGUCGCAAUUUGAAGGACAAUGCGUCAAUGCACUUUAUGAACACGUGAAUUCUCAAAUAAAAGAUGCCACCUCCACCCUCACCACCGCCGCCCGCCGCAACUACGUCACCUCCAUCAAAUCCCUCCUCACCGCGUUCGCGGACAAGGUCAGCCAGGAGUUGGCGGGGUUGCCGGCGGAGAUUGAUGCGGAUCUGAGGAUCGGGUUCAAGGGGUUGAUGGGACAAAUUGGUGGUGAUAAUAACAGUAAUAUGGAGUUACUUAAGAGUCAAAAGGAUGAUAGUACAGCGUCAAAAUUAUCUUACGUUUUCAGAGUGUUCUACGGCUCAUUGCAGUUGUAUCUCGAGAAAGAAAUUAAAAGAGUUCAUGACGAGGAGAACAAAAAGAAAAAUCCUGUGCCUCCAGAUGGAGAAAGUAUGUACAUUAGUAGAGUCAAAAGUAUUUUCAACGCACUUCAAGAUUUACUCAACCACAUCACCAAGCAGAAACGGUAUGACUAUCAGGUACCGCAAAAACUAGACGAGCUAGAAUCAGCGGUAUCUCAGCUGAAACCUGACGGAUUUGAAAACACGAAUACACCGGUACUUGAUGGUUUUGUUAAGGGGCUGGGCAAAUUUAUUGACGAGUUGAGAAAUGUGUACAUCUCGAGGUAUGACAGUCAGCGUUUUGAGGGUGAUGUGGUACUUGGUAAAUACGAAAUUAGCACCUCAGGAAACAAGCAAAUUUUCGAAUCCACUGACUACGGUAGGAAGUGUUCGAAGGUAUUUUUGACUUCACUAGAGAUACUGACUCAUGACAUUGGGCAGUUAACAGCGAAGUGUGGUACGAAAGGUACUUGUGUAACCAAACUAAUAAAUUUGGAAGUUACUAAUAACCUCAUGAAUCCACUUGGCGUUUUUCUGCGUGGGUGUGGUUUUGUGGUUUCCAAAUUGCGGGAUUCUCAUGAAGGCGAGUUGAGGAACGAGGCGCGGUUCACGGGCGCGCAAAUACAAUCGACGCUACUUAAUUCUGCCAUUAAAGAAGCUGGGAAAAUCGAAACACUCAGGACAUGGAAAGAGGAGAAGAAUAGAAAGGUUACCGCUAGUGCUUCACAACAGGGCACAGUCAACAUUAUUCUACUGGACGUUAUCCAUUUCCUCUUUGGCAAACUUGAAAGCUACUGGAGAGUAUGUCACUACUACAUCCCUUCACAUCCGAAAACGCCGUCCAACGUAUAUCAAAUGCUUCAGUGGCUCGACGGCCUGUGGCUCAAUCCAGCACUCACUUCCGUUUA